CGGGCACGCCCCCCAGUCCGUGGCCCCCUCCCCUCCUCGCUCCGCCGCUGCUCUCGCUCCCCGGUCAGAGGGCCGGAGCGAGAAGAUGGCGAAGACGUACGAUUAUCUGUUCAAGCUGCUGCUGAUCGGCGAUUCGGGGGUGGGCAAGACCUGCCUCCUUUUCCGCUUUUCCGAGGACGCCUUCAACACCACCUUCAUCUCCACCAUCGGAAUUGAUUUUAAAAUCAGAACGAUAGAACUAGAUGGAAAGAAAAUUAAACUUCAGAUAUGGGACACAGCGGGCCAGGAGAGGUUUCGAACCAUCACGACAGCGUACUAUAGAGGAGCCAUGGGAAUUAUGCUGGUCUAUGACAUCACAAAUGAAAAGUCCUUUGACAAUAUUAAAAACUGGAUAAGAAACAUCGAAGAGCACGCCUCUUCGGAUGUGGAGAGGAUGAUCCUGGGCAACAAGUGUGACAUGAAUGACAGAAGACAAGUGUCAAAAGAACGAGGGGAGAAGUUAGCAAUUGACUAUGGGAUUAAAUUCCUGGAGACAAGUGCAAAAUCCAGUACAAAUGUAGAAGAGGCAUUUUUUACACUUGCACGAGAUAUAAUGACAAAACUCAACAGAAAAAUGAAUGACAGCAAUUCAUCAGGGGCAGGUGGACCAGUGAAAAUAACAGAAAACCGAUCAAAGAAGACCAGUUUCUUCCGUUGUUCGCUACUUUGAUGAACUUUCUCUGAGAGACUGCAGCGCGCCCAGAGGACACUCUCCCGCUUCUCUGAAAGCACAGAUCACCCAGCCUCAGAGGCACACCGCCAGGCUGCUGCUGAGAGCACCCCCACACCCAGACCUCUCUGCGCGGAACGCGCAGGGACGCCGGCCUCCUGCCCCUCAGGAUCACAGGCUCCUUUUUCAAACAUGGAAGCAAUGAUAUGGAGACACAUGCAAGACUUGCUUUUUCCCUUUGUUUUACUUCCUGUUGCAGAAGCUGCUCGCUCUUUUUCACUUUGCACUCAGUGUCAGCCCUUCCCUGUUAUAGACCCGUAUGCGCACACUUUUGCCUCAAGUUCUAGACACAGUUGUGCUUUAGGGGAUGUUCAUACCAAGAGUGGAGCUUUGAAAGCAGAGGUCAGUAUACUAAAAUUAAAGGACACCUGGUCCUGUUCAUACGACUAGGUGUUACUGUGUUCAUAGCAUUUAUUUAAGGUCUCUGAUUUGUGAUUUUCUUAAAUAAGAACCAUUAAAUUCUGAUAAAAUUUAACUUGAAAAUUUAUAAAAAUGCUCAGCUAUUCAUCAGAGGCCAUAAUUUCUGUAUUUCUUAUUAUUUAGUGCUUUGCUUCAUUCCUAACCUUUUUGCCAGUGAGUCUGGAUAGCUGAAUAAAUCACUUUUUUCAGUUAAUUCCCUCUACCUGAUCUAUAAAACUGCACUGGGAAAUUACAUUAAUCUCAUUUUUCCCGAGGUGUGUUUUUGCUCUCUUUUCCUGUGCUUGACCUAUUGCAGCCACUCAGUUAUCCAAAACAUAACCUGUUUGACCCCUGUUGUCUGUUUCUUGUCGUCGAGUUCCUAGUUGUGAACUUGUGGAGCUGGAACUUUACAUGGGCAGAGAGGUGCACCAUUUAGGGUUUUAUUUCGGCAUCCGUGGUUCCACUGCAUCAGCACACAUGUUUUUUCUUCGGUUUACUUCUCAGCUGGCUGGUGUAGUCAUAAUACCUAGUUCCCUUUCUAUAAGAGUUAAUGGGAUGUAGAUUUAGAUUUUAGUCUGCAGAAAGCUUACCUGUAGGGAGAAAGACUAACUUGUUAACAUAAAUUUAGUAGAGAUAGCUCUUGGUAAUGGUGAAAACAAUGUUUUUUUCUGGUUUUACUCGAGCUUUUAAAAAAAAGUAAUUAGACCUAGUACAUCUCUAAGAAAAGUCUUGCCUUUUCAUUAGAGAAAAAUAUGAGCAAGAUUUCAGCUUUAAAGUAAUUACUGUUGAAUGUGUAGAACCCAGUUCCAUCUGUUCAGGUUCAUUGUUACAGAACUUGGUCUAGUCAUUUGGGCCAAAGCCAACCAAAAGCUUAGCUGCCAUUCUCACGAAGCACUGGUGUUGGUAUAACUUUCGUAGAUGAAACCAUCACAUAAGAAAGGUACUUAGUGUUAACUUACGUGCCAAAUUAAGACCAUUAUGUCGUUGCUUUUAUUCUAGCCUUCAGUGUCAUCAGGCUGAAGGGAGUAGUAAAGAGGUGAAGAAGGAAAUGAGUUCUGUUGGUAAUUACGCUUCCUCUUAGGCCUGCUUUGUUUCACAGAGUUCACCAUCAUGCUUGAGGUUAAGAAUGGGAAAUGAAAGUGGAGACGGACUCUGUCACCACAGAGAAUGCAGCUUCCAAUUCAGAUGUAUCAUUAAAAGGCUUGAACUGCUCAACCUUUACUACUUGGUUGAAAACUUAUGCACAAUUUAGCUGCGGCAAAUAUUCCAGAGCUAUUUUUGAUGGAUACACUAAACUUACUGUUAACAAAAUUUAGCCUUAAAGGCACCUGGUGGUGUCCCAGUGAUGCAGGCCGUUCCUCCACUGGGUGUUGACUGCAAGUCUACCGUCUUAAAAUUAGAUGUUUUUGGAAAGAAGAAAUAGUUUCUUAGAAACAUUUUGUAUCACUAAUUUUCUGAAAAAAGAUCUGAGCAGUUAAGCUUUCUGGAGGGUAACAAAGUAGUUUCUAAAAGGCAAGUGCUCUGACACCACGUAUGAAUGUAAUUCUCUUAGUAAGUUACCUCCGACUAUUUGGUGUCUUAACACUUUGAUUUAUAUCUCAGGGGUUGUCUGCAAACCAAAACUGACAUAUUCUGUGGUUAGCCUUUUUUUUUUAAUUUUUUAAUAGAAUGCUUGGCUUUUGUUUUAUUCCUUCUCUCUUUUGUCUUAUGUAGAUUAAUAAGUAGUCUCCAUGAACUUCACUUUGAAAAAGCCUGUAAAAGCUAGAUACGUCUAAAGGUGCUCUUUGAAGUAGCAGCAAAUUGGGGGUAUAUUCUCUGUUAUAUAGAAAUAAAUCUUCCUUGCUAUUUUCUUACAUUUAGUCUUGCUAAAUUGUAUAUAAUUUGAGCUAAGAACAUAGGAAUUUCACCUUCUGCAUGGUAAAAUGACCCAAUAAAUAUUCCAUUUUGCUUAAUAAUGUACAUAUAGUGCAUUAUUUUUUCUAUCUGUAGAUGAAUUUAGUGAGAGAUAAUUGUCUGUUCCCUGCUGAAACUGAAGAAAUCUAGUUUUAAGUGAACAUUUUUGUGGUCUUAGGGAUCAGGUACAUGAAGAUUUUUGCAGCAGUAUUAGUGGUGUCCAGUGGCCGCACUUUAUUAUCAGUGCGCUGAUUUCUGCCAGUGAUUGGACUAGACCUUUUCAAAUAGCGUCUGAGGGUAUCAGACAAUGAAAAUGUGCUGUAACUAAGUAGCAUGUAAAUCAGUUGGUUGUAAAAUGUUUCACUGGGAACUUAUUUUAGCUAUAUUUUACUUCAGACAGAUUAUAAGAAAAUAACCCACCUGUGCAUCAGUUAGGAGGUGCCGCAGGGUUUCUUACUAUUUACAUGAACAUUUUGUGCAGUCUUUGUUAUAAAUUUUCAGAAGACUAUACUCUUUACUUUGAAGGACUAUUUUUAAUUAUACCUCAUUUAGCUAACUAGUAUUCUAAUACCUGAUAGGAAAACAGUGAGCCUGCCUUUAAGCAUCCAACACAAUUUAGAUUAUAUGUUUUGUUUCGAACUCGGGAAAGGUAGCAGGUAGUUUAGAAUAGAACACACGUGUCAUAUCUAAUAGUGCAAAAGAAAAGUAUUAUCUCCCUGUCUCCAUUAAUAAAUUUAGCUGUGCAAUAUAGAUAAAUGUUUGCAGAAAUUUCUAAAUAAGAGAUUAUAACUCCAUUUUAUAGGUUCUAAUCCUGAGAGUCUGUAUUAAGGCUUAUAGAAAGUUUUCCCUGUGAACAGUGACACAUUGAAGCAGAUUUUCUUUUCUAGUUCAUGACUUGGAUUUCUUUAUAAAUUUAGUUCUUAAUCUUUAAAGAUGAGCUUCUAAGCUUAACAUUUUAAAACAGCACUUCAUUAUGUUAGUUUACUUGCCUCGGGUUUUAAGCAGUCGUUUCUGCCAUCAGGUUUUUUAGAGUUUUUAUUUUAAUGGAAAACACAUUCCUUUUUCCUUCUUGUUAUAGCUAAAGAAAGGGGGAAGGAAUGUCUAAAAAUGAAAUUCCUUGUCCUAGAGAAACCUAGAGAGACAGGGCAUGCUAAUAAAAUUUCAAAUGCCAGUACAAUUUUACAGUAGAACCAGUCUUUUAUAAAAGACUAAUAAAACUAAUGGGUGUCAUGCUCACUAGGAAAGAAAAUCUAAAUUACUAAAAUUUACAGAAAUGAAAAUUAGCAAACAAUUAUUUUUAGGGAUAUUUUCACAUUUUACUUUAGUUUUUAAAAUGCUUGUACCGUAUGCAGUUGCAUUUUUUUAUUGCCAAGAACUAAUAGAAUGUCUUGCUUCAUUUUCUUACCUUUUUUAAAAAUGUGAAUUUAAUUAUUAUAACUCAUUCCUAUGGCCUUACAGAUGGGUUUUAUUUUAUUUGCAGCCGACACUGUAGUUCCUUUAAUGCAAAGAACCAUAAACUGUCUGACUGAAACUAUGCCCCUAAUGGAAAAUACCUAGUUUUUCCAUAGAACUAUCCUACUGUGUGUGCUUCAGUGUAUUUUAUUUGGCUCCGAAGGCUUCAUGUGAAAGGCUCCUGCAAAUGAAGUGCACCUGUCCUGUGGUUAAUCUCGCUUAAGCCAAUUCAUGAACUGUGUACUGAUACUGAUGCUGUGUGAUUUUUUUUUAAAGGAUUUUAUUCCAGGUGAACUUUUUUUUUACAAUAAUGUUCAUCUAAAAUAAAAAAAAAUACAUAAUGAAAAUCA